GUCGGGGAACUGUGGAGGCUCAAGAAACAUCCCGCCGGAUGCCAGUUGUUUGCCGUUUACAGUAUAUCCAGACUCUUUAUAUCUACAAAUGGCUCUCGUUGCAGAUCCUUGCCAGCCGCGUCUGAAGUCAAGCGCGUCAUUUGCCCCCCUUAUCUUCUUCUUCUUUGCUUCUUCUGCUGUCUCCUAUUUCCGGGUCGCUAUCUGCAGAUAGCUGUCACGUGUUACCACGGUGAUAUACAUAUACCUACCUGUUUUGGGUCUCUUUAAGUCUUAUCCAUGCUCUCAGCAGCAUCAGCCAGGUGAACAACAAUGUCGUCGACCGACGUCGAGCAGGGCGAUGAGAAGCUGGCCUACGAGAAGGCUUUCGCUCCUUCAGGAGGCGGGGCUGGAGCCGACAUUGGGACGGGAACACAUCACAACCUCGACAGCUUGGAAGUCCUGGGGUACAAACCGGAGCUCCAACGGAACCGAUCCCUAUUCACACUUCUCUUCCAGAGUCUGGCCAUCGCAGCCAUCCCCUAUGCUGAAGGCGGCCCCCUCAUCAGUGCCAUCUAUGGCGGUGGUCAACUGCCAUUCUUCGUUGGCUGGAUCAUCAUUCUUGUCCUGGAUGAAUGCAUAGCCCUCUCCCUCAGCGAACUCGCAUCUCGAUAUCCCACCUCGGCGGGGCCCUAUUACUGGUCUUUCCAAGUCGCAACACGGAACAAGACCGUCCUCUCCUUCUUCACGGCCUGGAUAUGGCUCAUCGGCAACUGGACCAUCACACUGUCGGUGAACUUCGGUUUAGCAACCCUGAUCUCAGCUACGGUUUCCAUUUACCAUCCUGAUUUCGUCAUGACUGAUUGGCAACUCCUUCUCGUCUUCUACGCCAUCUGCCUCAUUUCUCUUGCCAUCUGUACCUUUGGUAACAGGUUCCUCCCCAUGGUGGAUAUCAUCUGUGCGGCCUGGACCGUUCUGGGCAUCAUCGCAGUCCUGAUCUCUUUGUCUGUGAAGGCCGAGGCAGGAAGACACAGCGCGGCGUAUACGCUUGGUCAUUACGACAAAAGCUUUUCCGGCUGGGGAGGCUUCACCUUCUUCAUUGGUUUGCUUCCAGCCGCCUACACCUUCUGCGCGCUCGGCAUGAUCUCGUCCAUGGCGGAGGAGGUCAGUGAUCCCGCGGUCAAGGUCCCCAGGGCCAUGAGUCUGUGUGUCCCAAUUGGCGGCUUUGCAGGUCUCUUCUACAUCAUCCCGAUCUGUGCUACCAUGCCACCACUAGCAGACGUUCUCAAUUCUCCCGGCGGCCAAGCAGCCCCCUAUAUCUUCCACACCGUCAUGGGUACUCCCGGCGGCGGACUCGGCCUGACCUUCAUUGUCCUGGGAGUUACUAUGUUCUGCAGCAUCAGCAUCACCGUCGCCGCGUCGCGCUGCACCUGGGCCGUCGCCCGAGACGAAGCCAUCCCGGCCGCCAAACUCUUCGCAAGGGUCAACAACAAACUCGGCGUUCCCGUCUGGGCUCUCAUCCUCGUCACCGUCGUGCAGAUGCUCCUCGGGCUCAUCAAUCUCGGGAGCAGCAGCGCCUUCACCGCCUUUGACUCCGUCAGCGUCAUCGCCCUCUCCGUCUCCUACGCGAUCCCCAUCAGCCUCUCACUUUUCUGGAACAAGCGCGCCGAAGUCUCGAAAGCCCAAUGGAACUGCGGCCCCAUCAUCGGCCCCAUCGUCAACACCGUUUCCCUAUGCUGGAUCGCGUUCGAGGUCGUGCUCUUCAGCAUGCCGACUGCGCUACCGGUCACUUCCACAUCGAUGAAUUAUGCAUCCGUGGUGUUCGUUGGCUUUGGUGCUAUUUCGGUCUUCUGGUACUUGGUCUAUGCUCGGAAAGUGUAUAAGGGACCGCCCACUUCUGAUGGCCUAUGAUUUCUUCUUUUCGUGGACCUGAAGAUGUAUAUGUAUAGAGAUGGUGUCCUUUGAAGGGUUAGAUGGAAGCAGGAAGGGUGGGUGGAUCACUGACUGUAACAUCACAUAAGACAUAAGAUAGGUAGGUUGGAAAUAGAAAGAAACGGGGCAUUAUUACUGUAACAAAAGAAUCCUCACAAACUAGGAAAUGGGGCAUUACUAUAAAGUCAAAAUCCGGAUAAAAAAAAAUAGAGAAAAGAAAAGGAUCCAAAAAGGAUCACAGAAAUACAGGGAGUCAGUCG